UUUGUUUUAAAUUGUUAAACGUCUCGAUUUUCACGAUUUUCCCGUAUCAAAAUUAUUACAAAUAAUCUGUUACUAUUCAUAUAUUCACUAUUUUAAUCUUAUUAAAUUGUUGAGUGCAAUACCGUGUAGUAGCGAUAUAAAAUAAUGCCGACCAUACAUACAUUUACGCGAAGUGACAAUGAUAUCUUGGAGGAACUGCUUCGCGUGUUUAGUUCUGGGAGAGGAACAUCGAGGGAGCAGUGGUGUCUUCAAGCCGAGGUGUUGGUGGAGCCAGUCGGUUGGAUAGCUCUGUGGAAGCUAUCCAAAAUGUUCUGCAAGAAAUUUGAGGUGAGAUUUCCUUGUGUGGCAGUCAUAUCGGUAACAUCAGUUGAUUUUGAGAACUUGUCGGCAAAUGUGGAUGUACUGAGCGUGCAACACGAGGCGGUGUCACUACCCGAGGCAGUGACCGAUGUUCCCCUCAUGGAGCUCUGGCCGACUGUUAAACAGCAGGAGGAGUGUGUGAAUGCUGCGUCUACAGCUGAAUUUAUUGACUUAUUAAGAUUUUUCUACCUCAACAUAUGGAUGCCGUGGGAUGACCAAGAUGAUAAAGUACUUCUGCCAAACACAAUCCAAGACAGGAUGAGUUUGUGGACAGAGCUCCACAAUGGUACAAUACCUAGUUCGGUGGCCAGAUCCAUUCAGCUCCUGCGAGACAGUGCAAUUAAUGCCAGUGACAAGUUAAAAGAACUAGACACAUCUUUGUGUGAAGUUGAUUUAACUGAUGAUGAUGAUUCCUUGUUGCCAGCAAAUUAUAUAUCACAGUGUGCGGAAAUGAAUGCUCGCUUGGAUUGUCUUAUGUCAAAAUGGACGCUGUACGAAAAUCCACUCAUAAGAAAACAGUAUCUAGCUAAGAUUGCAAGCAAAAUGGAAAAUAGGAAGAAAAAUGUUAAUGUUGUAGCACUGUGGGAAGGUGGAGAUAAAAAGGAGUUUGAAAGCAUGUACAAAUUCCUCCAAUCUCAUAUCAGAGAAGAGCAAGUUUUGUCUAUCAUGGUGUCUGCAGAGGAAGGUCUAAGCUUGGAACCAGAAGAAGUUGUUAUUUGCAGUAAUGAGUAUGAGCUACCUGAAAUGCCAUUGUCACAUAUAUCCAUUUACAGCUAUAAAGGUGCAACACUAAAAGCAGCAGACAUGCGGUCAUGCCUGCUGAUGUUAACGGAUAGCUGCAAUAUACGAGACAUCACAUUAGACUGUGCCCAAGUCAACACAAUUAUAGUCAUGAAAGCUGGCUCACUACAGAUGAAAAACUGUAAACUGUCUGAUGAUUCUAAAAGUUUUCAGAGCGAUUUUGCACAAGGCAUUGUUGCGAUGGCUGGAGCUAAGUUAGUGAUAGAGGAUUGUAUAUUUGAAAACUUCUAUUCAGGAAUAGUUGUGCAUAAAGGAGCUGAGGUAACCUUACGAAACUGUGUGAUACAAAAUUGUGGAGUCGGUAUUCAAAUGUACUCAGAAUCUCACGUGAAACUGGACAACACCACAAUAACUGGCUGUACCGAGCAGAGUAUACGAUGUGAAUUCGACGUUAACGACACUACAGAUCAUGAUUCUGGACUGCAAGUGCUCUCAAACUGUAAGAUCGGCUCUGGGAAUUUAAAACAGGAGGUGUAUGUUGUCAACCAAGAGACUAACUUAAUGUAGUAGAUGAGGGGUCUAUAAGUUAUGUCUUAUUCGCGUUAAGAAAAUAAUGUGUUGAAGGUUUUUAUGGAGUUUAGUUGUUGAGUUGGUUCAAAAACAUUCCGUUUUUAUUCUAAAUUCAUGAGUCAUAACACCAGAAAACUUUAUAUAAAAUGUCGAAAAUGAAAUUCUUUUUCUCUUUAUUUGGAUUGUAGUAUAAAAACGUAUUAUUUUCUUAACGAAAAUUAUUUAGUGAUUAAAAAAUACAUAAUUAUUUACUUAGUCUGAAAAUGAAUGCAUACUAAUUUUAUACGGCGUAAUUCUUAUGUUAUUUGUACCAUGUGAAGAAAUAUAAUUAUUU